AUGGCUGGAAUUUCAGUGAACAAAAAUGAUGUCCAAAUGCAAAUACUGAUCAAGACGCCAAACCUAUCGUUCUCCACGGUGUCUCAGAACCCCAACAGCACUAGGCCACGCCAAGCAGCUGAAAUAACUCAAAUAACGAAUGAAAUUAUCAAAUCUCCCCCCUCAGACCUGGAACUCAAAGAGAUUACUGCAGACCCACCAUCCUCAAGCAAGCCGACUGAGGACCCUCUGCAACAACAUGUUCCUUCACAUGGCAACAGAUCAGACUUCAGCGAAUCUGAACCUGUCUAUGUCUUUCAUCUCAUCCUGCAGGACGAGGAAACUCGUAAAGAUUAUGACUACAUGUUGGAUCAUCCGGAGGAGUAUUACAGGCAUUACUACCACUACUACAGCAGGAGGCUGGCACCUAAAGUGGAUGUCAGAAUAGUGAUUCUGGUUACGGUGUGUGCCAUCUCUGUGUUUCAGUUCUUCAGCUGGUGGAGUAGUUACAAUGAAGCCAUCAACUACCUAGCUACAGUGCCAAAAUACCGUAUACAAGCUACUGAGAUUGCCAGGCAACAAGGUUUACUCAACAAGACUAAAGAAAAAGGCAAGAACAGGCGAUCUAAAGAAGAAAUUCGUGAAGAAGAGGAAGAAAUCAUCAAAGACAUUAUUAAAAAUAAAAUAGAAAUAAAAGGCGGUUAUCAGAAGCCCAAGAUAUAUGACAUCCUUCUAUUUCAGAUCCUUCUUGCUCCUUUUUACUUGUGCAAAUACAUAGUUUGGUACUGUUGGUGGAUUUAUUGUUUCACUAUUAAAGGCCGAGAGUACGGUGUGGAAGAGAAGCUGUAUAUCAUACGAAGGUACAUGAAAAUGUCUCAGUCUCAGUUUGACAGCCUAGAAGAUCAUCAGAAAGAGACCUUUCUUGAACGGCAGCUGUGGAUACGAGAAAACUAUGAGGUCUAUAAACGAGAACAAGAGGAGGAGUUAAAGAAGAAGAUGGCCAUGGAUCCCCGAUGGAAGAGAUACCGGCGGUGGAUGAAGAAUGAAGGACCCGGAAGACUGACUUUUAUUGAUGAUUGAAAGUGGCUGAACAAAAUAUAUGCUCAUGUUGAAAGUGAUUUGCAAAACUUUUCACUACAUCAGUCAGAGUUUUGUCUGCUGUGGCUCAGCAGUGAUCUAAAACUCAGGAAUUACUAGGUCAGGCCGAAAAUAAUACAGGUUUACCAUUUUUAUAAAUCAGACCUAUUAAACAGGCUCAGCUCAAUGUAUAUAUGCCAUUUACUUGGGGAUCUCUGUGGAAUUCGUUAUUCCAAACGAUGUAUUUUCUCUACACAUUUCAUACUCGUGGUCAAUGGAA